AUGCUUAGGAAGUUGUUUCCUCGGUUGCCAGGUAAGAAUUCAAAGGCUUCUUCUACUUCAUAGAGAACACACGACAAUCAUCGUCGAAAACUCUACAGGAUGAUGACUACGUAAGGUUUUCGUCACUUAUUUUCUCUCAGUUAUUGUUACCUGCUGAAGAAGCAAAGGCGUCUCGUAAUCAGAUACAUACGUGUGAAUUUCUAGACUUUAUAACAUGCGUCAUUGGACAAAGUGACUGGGAGGCGUUACAGUUUACGUACUGAAGGGUGAAAGGCAUGGAGUCUACGGUCGAUCAGGGAAGGUGGAAUCUUGCUCUAGUGAGUGAGGAUGGUAGGGCUACAUUCUAUUGCCGUAGCUGGCGUUUGCGUGUCCAAGACGAAAGGUAGGAAUUUACGACCGACGUUCUCACGUCUGAAACGCGAGGCGAAGAGGCAUGAAGGAACUUCGGUUAAUGUUUUCAAGGAUUUGAUUGCGAAUAGCGUGCUUUGUGGGUGAGGAAGCUAGUGGAACGUUGUUGUCAUAAAUGAGUGGUUUGGGCGGUGGAAACGACCGAUGGAAUGCGAGCAUAGGCCGUCGUAUUGCGUCUUGUGAGCACUUUUAUGAUUACUAUGCUUGCCCCCGAAGUGCCAGUCUUCAAUUAUUCCGAUUUCCUGGACGAACCGAAAUCCUCGGAAUCUAUACUCUACUGAUAGAAACAAGACAGUUCAAAAACUUCUGCACAAGUACACUUCGCUUCAUAGUAUUUCGUUACGUUAAAGAAGUCAAUGUUUCCAUGCCUCGAAUUGUUUCGCACGUGUCAGUUAACUGAUAACCAAAUGGCCUCGUUUGUAAUCUACUCAACCUCAACAUACGUUGGAACUUGUAAACAAUUGCCUGUGGGCUCUAAAUGUACUCUUAGGUGGUAAGCAUUACUCAGGCGAUUUUGCAGCACUGAAUCGUUCGAAACCUGCUUGGGCGAUCACUCAGCCGCGGUGGCGUGCUGCCUUUUGCCUGCCAAUCCUUCCUACCUGUUUAUGUCGUACGACAGAUUAGUACGCUCACCGGUUUUCCGCAAGAGUUCCUCUAGAUUCUUGCUUGAUUUCUAGUCAUUACUGAGGUCGUCAAGGUCGCCGCCUUUCUCCUUUUGGCCUACGAAUAUUUGCGGCAAUUUAGAUAUUGAAAAUCCACUUAGGUUGACGUUCAGUUACAAUUUUGGAGUGCUGACGACUUCAUCGAAGUGGAGUCUGCACGUGCAUUUUGAGCACGUACGUGAAUUCUCGAAACCCCUUUUUGCCAAUUUACCUUCAGUGUCCUGUGAAUACUUUUUAGUUGGAAAUAAUUCAGAAUUUUCAUUGGAUUUUAAUGAAACACACGUCUCCGCCCCACAGAGGGACGCCACCAGGACCACAGCCCGGUAUUUAUCAGUCUGUUUUUAAGGAAAUUGCCCGACGAUUCGAGAAUCAUCUAAGGUAUUAGGGCUUGAAGUCCGUCGUCGACUUUUAUCUUCCUCUAGAUAAUGGAUUCCAAGUAAGUGGAUUGGUUUACAACUGUGAGUCGGUUGCGAUUAACACCAUGGAUCCCCUAUAUUGGACAAAUAACGUCGCUUGGCACAACAACCAUGUGCCUACUUAUGGCUGGAGAUCUUAUUUACAGUCACCGGCGAGGAGCGAGCAAUGCGUUUUAGCCGUGCCGGUUUUGGGUCGGCCGGUGUAUGACAAAUGUUAAAAUUUUCCAUCUAUCCGAUAUCUAAUAUUUGUUUUUUGACUGACCCACCAGCAUUGCGCAGAACAUGAGGCGGAGGGAGGUUAGAACGAGUGCGCAACUCUAACUCCCGCAUUUGUCACCGAGGGCUCUAAAGUGGACCAGAUAUAAGUUACACGCGCUAUUAUGCCUUAUUAUGGUUACUUGACUAUCUACAUAACUUCUCUAGACGUCUGCAUUCCAUUAUUUUCCAUGGUUCCCGUUGUUACACGGUGUCGGAUAUCUACGAGAUUUUAAAAGGGACUUGGGGUAAACGCUAUAAUGCCACUUUAUAAUUUCUUGGCAAUUUACAUAACUCUUCAGGAGAGGACACGAACCAUCGGGGUCGAUCUCGAAAUUUUUGUGAACAUGUGGGUCGAAUUCAAUCAACUUCUGCAAAAUAGUCGUGCAGUACCCUCAUCGAUGAGCAAACAAGGCGUGAUAGUUCACCCACCUGUGCCACUACUGUGACUAGUUAAGUUUUCAUGAGAAGACGACGUACCAGAUCGAUACAAUGCCGGACACGAGGUAAUUAUCUCUGUGUCCAGCGACUGGUUGUUCAUCAGACCCGAGAAUAUGGCAGUUUGGCAGCAAGACUGCCGAAGGCCACCUCACUAGUCGCCAAUAGUUGGCUUUGCCUCAAACUGCCAAUUAGCAGACUGGGUGGACUUUCAGUUACAACCUGCUGUUGCUACUACUACUACUACUACUACUACUACUACUACUACUACUACUACUACUACUACUACUACUACUACUACUACUACUACUACUACUACUUCUACUACUAA